AGAUGCGGGCAGAGAACGAGCGCGCCGCCGCCGCGCUGGCCGAGCGGGAGCGCCAGCAGCGCGCCGAGCUGGAACAAUGGAAAGAAGAUCAAGAAAAGUUGUUAGACGACAAAAAAGUGCAGAUGGAACAGGAGAUCGCGCAAGAAAGAGAGAAGCAUGAAGAGCAACUGAAACAGAAACAAUUAGAACUCGAAGAACGCUUUGAGCAACACAAGCGGGAUUUCGAGAAUGAACAGCAGUUGAUACUCAAGAGGAAGAUAGCGGAGAUAUCCGCUCAGCACAAGCACGAAAGAGACAGGGAGAUUGAACGAGCUAUCGAAAGCAUGGAGGCUGAGGCGCAGGCGGGGAGGAAAGAUCUUCAAGAAGCACUGAGGAGGAACAAAGAGCAAUACGAAGCGGAGCUAAAGGAGCUAGCAGAGACGGAGCGUGCCACGCUACGACGCUACCAAGAUGCGCAGGCGCGCGUUCGCCAGACCGAGGCCCACUGUGCAGAGCUUGAAGUGACCAUCAGCCAAUUGGAAACACGCAAUAAGGUUCUGAUUGAGAAAAACUCCCAACUGGAGGCAAGAGCGGAAGAAGUUCGAUCCAGCUGCGAAGGGAGCUGGAAAGGGAAGGUGGAUGACCUGCACCGGGACAUAGACAACAUGAAGAAGACGCACGAGGAGCAGAUGCACCAGCUCUAUGCCAAGGUGAAGGUAGCCGUAGCUCGCAAGGACUCCGCCAUCCAGGCGCUGACACGCGAGACCGCCAAGUACCAGGAGAAGAUUACACUCUUAGAACAGAAGCUGCAGCAGCAAAGGAAGGACUUCCUCAAGCAAAAGUGAACUCUAUUACCAGAAAUAUAGAAGAGAAAAUAGCA